UGUAAAUUAUAAAGUGCCAAGAGAAAAGAAAAGUGAGAAGGAAUAGGAAUCUGUUUGUUUCGCGGGAAAGAUAAAGAAAGUAAUAUUAUUGGCGACAAUGACUAUGGCCAUCUCUCAUGAGGAACCGAUUCUCUCUAAGCUUGAUCGCUUGGACAACAUGUUGAGACAAUUGGAGGAGAUCAGAGGCAGCAACAGAUCAUCAUCACCACCAAAAAGCUCGUACGCAUCAACCCAAUCAAGUGGGACCCUGACGAGUGAGGGACACGCGUCAUUCGUGGAUGAUGUUUCCCCAAAGAGCCUAGAAAAGCACUGCCGUCCGAUUAACCAUGUGAUGCUUGAGACAGAGGUCAAAGGAACACUAAUUGAGAGGCUCCACCGUGUAGAGGAUCGAGUCCUUAAGUUGUGUUUGCAGUUGGAGGAGGAAUUAGUUGAGGAAGAGAAGCACAAGGAGGCGACCGAUCACAAGAAAUCCCACAACAAGAAAGGGAUUAAGCAACUUGUUAAACAAUGUGUUAAAGGAGGAAAGAGGAAGACUUAAAAAUAAUUAUUAUAAUAAAAACCCUUCAAUGCUUUAUUAUUGUAACUUAAAAUAGUU